AUGCACACAGAGGUACCAGGCGUGGGACUGCAGCAACAGAGCAUCGGGUGUGACUACAUGGUGUGUCCUGGAAGCAACUGCAGCGCUGGGCCCCGGGCUCAGCGAUCGGCUCUCCCUCUCCCCCCACCGCAGGCUCAGUCGGACGCCGACGCCCUGGCAGGCGCUCUGGACAAGGACGAGGGUCGGGCCUCCCCCUGUACACCCAGCACGCCGUCGGUCUGCUCACCGCCCUCUGCCGCCUCUUCCGUGCCGUCCGCCGGCAAGAACAUCUGCUCCAGCUGCGGCCUGGAGAUCCUGGACCGGUAUCUGCUCAAGGUCAACAACCUCAUCUGGCACGUGCGGUGCCUCGAGUGCUCCGUGUGCCGCACGUCGCUGCGACAGCAGAACAGCUGCUACAUCAAGAACAAGGAGAUCUUCUGCAAGAUGGACUACUUCAGCCGAUUUGGGACCAAGUGCGCACGCUGUGGCCGGCAGAUCUACGCCAGCGACUGGGUGCGGCGGGCCCGCGGCAACGCCUACCAUCUGGCCUGCUUCGCCUGCUUCUCGUGCAAGCGCCAGCUGUCCACGGGCGAGGAAUUUGGUCUGGUUGAGGAGAAGGUGCUGUGCCGAAUCCACUACGACACCAUGAUCGAGAAUCUCAAGAGGGCCGCAGAGAACGGGAACGGCCUCACGCUGGAGGGGGCAGUGCCCUCGGAGCAGGACAGCCAGCCCAAGCCGGCCAAGAGAGCGCGGACAUCCUUCACCGCGGAGCAACUGCAGGUUAUGCAGGCACAGUUCGCGCAGGACAACAACCCCGACGCACAGACGCUGCAGAAGCUGGCGGACCUAGACGAGGCAGUCCCGACGGGGCUGCCGAGGCUGUCGUUCCAGGUGUGGUUUCAAAACUGCCGGGCGCGUCAUAAAAAACACACGCCGCAGCAUCCUGUGCCGCCCUCCGGGGCGCCGCCGUCCCGCCUCCCUUCCGCCCUAUCCGACGACAUCCACUACUCCCCCUUCAGCAGCCCCGAGCGGGCGCGCAUGGUCACCCUGCACGGCUACAUCGAGAGUCAGGUACAGUGCGGGCAGGUGCACUGCCGGCUGCCUUACACCGCGCCCCCCGUCCACCUCAAAGCCGAUAUGGAUGGGCCGCUCUCCAACCGGGGUGAGAAGGUCAUCCUUUUCCAGUACUGACGCUUCCUGCACUUGCCCAUCUGUCCAUGGGCACCCCACAGCUGUCCCUCAGCCGCUGAAAUGCAGUGUCCCAGCGCUGCCAGGAAUCCACCCACCUCUGCAUCCACCCCUCAUCUGCCGUCCCGCCUGCCACCAGCUGGGCCUGUGGGCCUGGCUGUCCCCUCUCCUGCUGAGAACCAGAACCCGCCAGGAGCACCGUGGAGUCCUCCUCUUGGAAGGCAGAGCUCCCUGAAAUUUGGAAUCAGGGUGAAAACAACAGCCCAGUUUUUCCAUUUAGACAGGACUCAUCUUCAACUGAAGCUGAUUAAAACAGCAAAAGGCCGGAUUGAAUUGUGCAACGCCAACAGCCUUCUAAUUUACAGGUUUUCUUUCCUCCCAUGUUGGCCUUCACUCACUACUUCCUUGGAACCGUCUCUGAAUUCUGAAAGCCGAAAACCCCCAGUGUUAUCCACUCUGUUGCUUUUGUCUGGAAAACUCUACAGUGUCUGUGGGAUGUCCCCAAAGGAAAGCUUAUGUUCUAAUUUUAUCAUUUCCAUCUGUCUGCUUAUGUCAAGUUAAAGAGAGAAAAGAGAACACUGACCAACCCUGAGAGGCCCAGAAGGGCAGAGAUGGAGGCCUGCCCAGACCAGGAGGUGGGGGAUAGGCAGGAGCUGGGAGGCACAAAGACACCCAUUGAUUUGGAGCUUGAGGAGAAGGAUAUGGCACAUCGGGCUGGGAGAGGAGAGAGAAAACUCGGGGUAUAAGUGGGAGACCCUCUUCCUACCUAGUUAUCCAGCACAUAUGUAUACAGAUGACAUAGCAGACGUGGUGUUUGAACUAUGUGACGACAUUUCCAAAUGUUUGGGCAGGUUAGAAUUGGGGGCUUUUUUUGGCCACUCAUGGACUCCUAGUAGGGGUGCUUGGGUCAUGUCAUUUUUGGGGGGACCUCUCAUGGAGGGCUGGGGAACAGAGCCCAGGGAAAUGGCAGUCAGAAUGUUAACUCUGGACCCAUAUCUGAAUAGCGAGAGGGUGCCCUAUGCCUAGGUGAGCGUGCCAAGCCCAAGAUUCCAGCUGGCCCCUCUGGGCUCCCCCACCCACUCCUGAGAACAGAGGCCAGACACAGCUGUGCUCACACCCACCCUGUCCUGCUGCAACUCUUCAACCCCAAACAAAAGGGCUUGGGCUACACAAGACCAUAAUUUAUGUUUUCAGGGGGACACCCAUUUGUCCCAAGGUUAUCCUGUGAUUUUACAAGUACUUGGUGUCCUGUUGCAUUUCCCACUAGACUCUAGUGACUAGAGGCUGCUAGCAAGCCUGGCUGAGUCCAAGUCCUCCUUCUGGCUCUGGUGAACCUGGUAUGUUGCCUUUGGAAGGAGACUGUAGGACGGGGAAAGCAAGCCCCUGGCACAUAUGCAUCGACUGUCCCUGCUUUUACCCAGGGCAGACAUUGCUAGUCAAUUACAGUAUCCUGUGUUACUGAGUCUGGAGACGGUUUCAGAAUUCAGAUGUUUGAAGUUGGCACUUACCACGAAAGCCUAUACAGUAUGUCAUCCUUGCUCUGGGAUCUGGAGAAAGGCGAGGCCUGGGUGCAGCCUGAGAAGGGGACCUGCUUCCUUUCCCUUCUGAAGAUGGUUCCAGCUGGCUCAGGGCAAAGAGAAGGCACCACUGGGAAUGCGGUCAGCACCGCUCAGUUCAGGACUCAUCCGGUGAAUAACGUGUACCUGGCCCUGUUCUGGGGGCUGACGCUAACAGGAGCGGUGUGGGCCUGAUCCCUGGUCUUGGGGAACUUUGAUUUUUGCUCCUGAGGCCCCAAAAGCAACCAUGUAGUCGAUGGCCAGUUGCACCCGACCCAGGGUCACCCAGUACCCACUCUGCCUUGGGGCUCCCCCAGAGUCUGUUCCUUGCGUGGAUCACAUGGUCGUAGCAUGUUGCAGUUCAGACAUGUCUCCACUAGCCUGUUAGAGCAGCCUGGGAAUGUACAGGCCAUCGAGACUAUUUAUUUAAAUACAAAAGGGGAAAACACACACACACACACAUACAUGGAAAAAUAUUGUAAGCACUUUUUUGUAAAACCAAUGUUUGUUUUGUUACAUACCUUUCAUGUUGUGCUUUGUAAAUGUCUUAUUUGUGUAAUAAAUAAAGUUAAUGCAAGUAGAAGUGCUGGCACUUA